CACUUGCUGCAGCAACGUCGCCCCCUGUCGGUGCGGUCACGGAAGGACACGUUCGCUUUUACAAACGACAGCCGCGUCAGUCAGACAGUCGCUCCGCUCCGCUCGGUCUGCCCGUGGUGCUAACCAGCCUGCAACAACCAGCCGCCUGAAUGUAGGUCCGCAUGGGCUGUUACUGCGCCGUCUCUACACACAACCCAGCGGAAUCAUAAGAUAAGGAUCCCAGGAUGGUGUUAGUGCAUGUCGGAUAUCUGGUUCUUCCCGUAUUCGGCUCAGUAAGAAACAGAGUAUGGAGGCUGGCUCUACAUUCUGCAUUUAUCAGAUCUUUGUCGUCCCCCCCAUUGUGUAGCUAAUGAUCAUCUGCUGCUGUGUGGUGUGGCGUGGCCUCUGCCUGUUCUCUGCAUUUAGCUGUAUUGUGAAUCCCUUCUUCAUUUCCUCUUUCCAUCAGAAGACGACAUUGGUAUUAAAAAGCACCCCCCCUUUCUAAGAUGUAUUCAGCCAUAGACUCUUCAUGUUAAGCAGACUAAAACAGUAGCUAACACCUAGAGCAAAGCACCCUUUUGUCAUUUUUUCUGUCAGAUUGCUGUAGCAAUGAGUGAACAUUUUAGCUCCUUCUUAGAUAUCAGUUGAAUGUCAUUGUGUACCUCCCAUCCAGUCUUGAUAGACAACAUGCUGUAAAUUCCUGUAAAGUGGAUACAUUUUGCAUGAUCUCAAAUACCGCACUGCAUUUUGAACACCAGAAUUCGGCUCAUCUUCCUUCUCUUCACACAAGGUGCAAUGUACAUGAUUAAAGUUGUCGCCAAUUGACUCGGAGCAUGCGGAUUGGACUCAUAUGCAUGCGCCCUUCUCAUGGAUAAAUGGAACUAUUUAGCAGACGCUCUAAUGUGGUCACUAGAAGCGAAGGUACACUGCACCUGCACACAACAACCUGCCAUAACUGUCUCCAUUUUUGUGUAAUCCUUUUGUUCCCUUUGCAAAUUUCAAGCUUUGAAUCACACUGAAUUGUCAGGGGCGUUUGCCCUGUAAAAGGGCAAGUCAAACUAAACGUCAAAGCAAGCAAAACACGCUCACUGGUGGUUCAUCACUUCCCAAUUUCCCCACUAACAUAAGGCCAAAAUGCUAUCCAUUUCACAGGGAUGCCUAUUUUCCUGCACUGCUAAAGAGAUCCUCUAUUAGUAAUAACGUCUUUAUUGUUUGGUUGUGGUCUCUCUUUACCUUUUGUUCUGGUAAUAGUACUUUCAAUGCAUGGUCACAUUUAUGAUUCAUAAUUUUUGUUUUUGUUUUUCUACAUUGACUAGUAAAAAAGAUCCAAUGUAAUCUUUCUGUAGUAAAGAUGUACCCUGCUGUACUGGAAUCAUGUGCUGUAGCCAACACGUCUGCUCAUUGGAUGCCGCUUUUGUUCUUUUUAACCCUAUAUGGAGCAUGGUGGGCCUUGCCUUUAGUCUAUGUUGUUUAUUUUUGUUGCAUGGAUUUAUACUAUUAUUACAACAAACAAGAAAGGAAACACAAAUUCCACAUUUACUAAUAUCUUUCAAUAAAGAAUAUAGUGUUUUUCCUAACCUUCAGUGUGCUUCUUGCUGAUUUCCAUUUAUUGUCCUCCCUCUCCCUUGUCCCUACCUGCCCCCCCUCCCCUCCAACCACCCCCCACCCACCUCCUCUCCCGCUGUGACAAAGAUAGACAAUUUCCACGCUUCCUCCAUCACCGAGCCUGAAUGAGUCUAUCUGCUGUCAUUCAUGAUGAUCGUUUUCACUGAGGCGCUUGGAAACGCAGUGUGCUGCUUGCUGGUCUAGACUUGAGCCUUUGACCCACGGCAGCAAGGUCACCUCUUGUCUGCCUGGUAACACCCACAACCCGUCAGCCUGAAAUUAUUGCUGGAAGGUCAUUCAGCUGCUUUUUUUCUCUGGCUGCGUUUCAAAUCAUGCUGCGUUUCUCAAGCGCGCUCGUAGUAAAUGCAAUGUAGACGUUGCCUAUUUUCCCAUGAUUUCUCAGAACGACCCCACUGAUCACACCAGAUUUCAUGUCUUUUACACUGUCUGCGCAGACUGAACUUGCAACUGUACUGGAUUUUUUAAGUCUUUUAUAAAAGCUGCACAUUUUUAGUCUAUUACAUGUAGAUCUAACUGCUUCAGUAUUUGCUACAUGGACAAGACAGCACAAUACACAGUUGCUACAAAAAGUAUUCAUUCCCUUUUUGCAUAUUUGUGUGUUGCACGUUUAUUUAUAAAUUUCUUCCCAUAAUGAUCUUAAAUAGUUCAUUGUCUUGGACAAGGUCCUCAAAGCUUUACAAAUAGUUUAUGCCCUGAUCUGUGCAUGGCCACGUAAUAUUUUAAACAGAGCUGAGCUCUUUGUCUGUUUUUUCUUGCUAACCUCUACAGUUUUGUACAAUGACAUACAUUAACUCUGCCAUUAAUUCUGCUUUUAAGAUGAUCAGGCGUCCCUUAAGAAGUGGCCAGUGAUGUUUCCAAACCAGAAUUGGUAGAAAAGUUUGGUUCGUCAUUGUGGCUGAUUGGGCGGUAAUGAGGAAAAUUGCAGAGCUGCAAAAUGUGCAAAAAUGGAUAAAGAAUGAACACUUUUCAUACCAAUCUUGUAAACUACAGGCCCACUGGCCGUUUUCAAGCCUGCGCACAGAAGUCAAAGCGUAUUGCUUCACAGCAAAACUUUAUCUCCCUGUUGAGUCUUAACAGCAGUCUGUUCCAUGCAGUUGCCAAAUAGCUGUGGUUGGAGAGAGUUAAAAAAAAGCAUCCCAGCUAUUUCCUCUGACUGGAGAAGAACAAGUCGAGCUCACUGUGUGUAACUCACACAAAAGGAGUCGGUUGCACAGAUACACAAUAAUGUGAAUUUAUGACCUGGUGUCAGUUAUGGGAUUGAAACAGUUGUUCUGUAAGGUUGCACAGGUAGAGACUGAACAGUUUAUUCUCCAUUUACCAGACAGCCAUGUAAUGAUGGUUUAUCUCUGCGUGCCCUGAGCCGCUGUCAUGUGCAGAAUUUACAACGACUAAGCUGCGUUGAAGUUCAUCUGUUCUGGUCCAGUUGCCUUGUCUGUGAAUCAGAAGACCGGGAGUCGAUCCAGAGGUCGGAAAUGCAAUAAACGAAAUGAAAGCUCACAUUUGGGUGCACAUCAGUAAAGGGUCAUGUUCAUGGUAUUUUUCACCCUAGGAUCCCAUUUCAACCGGCAACAGCAACAGCAGCAGCACAGCCAUGCUACCUCUUGCCGGCACUUCCAGUUAGGUCCUCAGGCCCCGCUGCCCAUGGACUUCCCCAUGCCCCACCCAGGGCAGCCGCAGUCAGGCAUUAACCCCCACCUGGCCCCCCCCAGCCACCAGCAUGGCCCCCCACUCCACCCGCCCCUCAACCCCAUGCCCGCCCCACAGUUCCAGGACAUCCCCGCCCCCCCCUUCCUACCUCAGGCAUUACACCAGCAAUACCUCCUCCAGCAGCAGAUCCUCGAGGCCCAGCACCGACACAUCCUGCCGCCCUCCAGACGCACCCCAGAGAGAGUCCCCCACCAGCCCCACAGACUGCGGCCUGGCUACGAGUUUGCUCCCCCCCUUCACGUCCCCCCUCAGCCGGUGGUGCAGCAACCUCGCUACCUGGCCGAGGGCACAGACUGGGAUCUAAGUGUGGAUGCUGGGCUGCCUCCCCACCAGUAUCACAUCCAUCCGCUGCCGCAGCACUAUCAGCACUACUUGACCUCUCCUAGGAUGCACCACUUCCCUAGAAACAACGCCUCAACGCAAGUGGUCGUCCACGAGAUCAGAAACUACCCGUAUCCCCAGCUGCACUUGCUGGCUCUGCAGAGUCUCAACCCCUCCCGCCACGCGUCCGCCGUUCGAGAGAGCUACGAGGAGCUCCUGCAGCUGGAGGACAGACUUGGCAGCGUAAACCGCGGAGCAGUUCAAACCACCAUAGAGAGAUUCACCUUCCCCCACAAAUACAAAAAGAGAAUACCACAGGACCUGAAGAUGUGUCUGGAUGACGAGGAGCUGGACACUGAUGAGAAGUGCACCAUCUGUCUGUCGAUGCUGGAGGACGGAGAGGAUGUCAGGAGAUUACCCUGCAUGCACCUCUUCCAUCAGGCAUGUGUGGACCAGUGGUUGGCUACCAGCAGGAAAUGCCCCAUCUGCAGAGUGGACAUUGAAACCCAGCUGACCCCCGACAGUUGAUGGCUCAUGACGACUCCCGCAGCUUCGGAUCUGGUCUUGUUAAGUCUCCAUCGCCUCCCCUCUGGGGGUGGGGGGGCGGAGCUCUGCCAAACACCCCUUCUUCCCCUCUGCACCUUCUGAGUCAGCUGCGGUGAGGGGGGGGGGGUCAACAAAGCACACUCACCUACAACACUGAGGGAUGGGGGUUGACGCACAGACGGGUGGACUGGACGUUGGGCGUGUGCACUUAUGCUGGACGUGAACGGUAGGAGUAGACACAUGUGGACAGAUGUGCUGAGGUUUUACACGAUUCUGUCAGAUUGUGUACCUUACGUACAUGUCUCCAUGCAGCCACUGAGGAGAGCGGACUCUGACUACCAACCUCCCCAGCUCAGUGCGGUGUAUUAAGGUCAUUUCUCUGCCACUAUAUCUAAACCCUUUCCCCAUAGGCCUGUGAAAAAUCCUUUAAGCUGCACUCUGCCCAAGCCCUCAGCACAUCUGUACAGAACAUUAUCAAAUGAUUAGCAUGAGGUUGUUUGGUGUGAACUCUUGUAGCUGAACGCUUGUGGUGUAAUGGAGUAUAGUACUGACUAAGUAUUUACAGAGUAACAGUGUUGUGUAGCAAAGCAAAAAGCCUUUUGAAAAACGUGUUUGUGAAAAAUAAACCUGCAGAGACGGCGAAUACAGCUCUACCAGUCAGAAUAUUCAGUGUGUUUAAUCGUAGGCAGCGAGAGGGAAGAGCUAGUCGUGUAAAAAAAAAUAAAAGGCCAAAAAAACAUCCCUCUUCCUUGUGUAACCUGGUUUUGGAUUUACAGUUAGUAGACGCCAUCAGAGUUGAUGCUGAACCCGCUAAUUGCCGGCAUGGCUUCCAGUGAUCUGUGUAGUGUCGUAGUCGGGCCUCUUUAACCCAGAGCAGAGGCUCCAGAUGUGCAUGCUGCUGUAUGGCAGGCUUGGGCUGUGUCGUUAACAUUGUGGAGCAGUAGAAGCAGGGACUGUGUCUGUGCAUGUGAACCGUAUACUAUGACUCUGAUGAUGCCGCUCAUUCAUAGAGGAGGACAAGAAUGCACCCCCCCCCUCCCCCACCCACUCAUCCCGAGGAGACCAAAGUUGCCCUUAGACACCGAUCUGAGACAAAUGUAGCGUCUCUCUCUCCCGACUUGUCGCGAUUGGGAUUCAAAGAGCUGCCGGCGGAUCCGUGUCUAACGGCAACUCGCUCAUGGUGACGAUCAUGAGGGGCCGGCAUGGGCUUGUGGAGUCUUGCCAUCAGAGUGAAGACAUUCUGACAUUACCUAUUACCAGAACCUUAUUGCCUAUCGAACAAGCACAUGUGAUUUAUAUAUACAGUGAAUCGCCUCCGUUGUGUAUCGGCUCCGUUUCAUUUCAAUCUGAGUUGCUCCCACUGUUUGAUUAAAAAGACUGUGUCUGGUGUUACAGGGAAAAUACCAACAAAUAGUUUGCCUGUGAUCUGUGCUAGAAUGUGUACGAGCGUCCCCUCCCCCCUCUCCCCAUGGUAGUAGUGUAUGGUAUUGCUAGAACUGUGAUACAUUCAGUGAUAGAAGCCGUUUUCUCUUUAUCAUGCAUGAACCAUGUUGGCGUAGUUCACUUGAAGGAGGGUGAAAGGGAGAAAAAGCCAUCCAUUUGAAAAAUACCAAACAAUUCUUCUUAACAUUAAUUUUAUUUCGAUUGUCUUUUUCUUCCAUUUGUUUUUCUUUUCUUACUUGUGUUUUUCUUUUUGUUCGUUUUUUGCUCACAUGCCAAUCUGGACAUGGUACUAAUAUGCCGAGUCCUUGUCCAUUUUAACCAUAGUGAAGAAAACGCUGCAAUGCUGCAAAAACAUAUUUAUUGUUGUUACAAUGUAGCUUGUGUUUUGUAAAUGCACUAUAAUAUGGAGUUGCCUGAUUUUCGGUUUGGUGGCGUGGGUUCUUCUUGUCCUAGAUUUUGUGUUUCUUAUCAGUUCCGAGUAUUUUCAUGCUUCCUUGUGUAUUAAUGGAGGAUAACUUGACUGUUUGUGUUGCAUUUUUUUUUCUUUAUGUAUGAAACCUCCAUCCAAAAAACUACAGAUGGAUGAAAAUGGAGGUUUUGCUAGUUCACAUAGAAUGCUGUGAUUAAAGAUGCCUUAAGUAUUUAACAAUCAUUAUUUAUUACUAACUGUAGCUAGCUAGCUAUCGUGGUGGAAUAUUUAAUGUCUCUAUCUCAUAACUUUGCAAUUUAAUCAAUAUAUUUAUUUAAAAUAACACAAAAUAUAAAAAAAAGAAUACCUCAUUAUGCAUUGGUCGGUGGGGAUGCUUUUGCAUGCAGUCUGUGUUUUCUUUUUCAAAGGAGGAAAAAAAAAGAAUCUCGUUGAGAAACUGACUGGUGGUGUCUCCCAACACGUUUUCUAGCCAGCAUGGUGCUGUUGAUCUGGAUUACAUUCCAUUCAUUUCAUCUCCUGAUUUGCUUUCUUUCAUCGCCCCUGCUUUGCUGUGCAGCAGGCGACGGGGGCACGUUCCUCUUUUGUCUUAGUGCGGCGCCGCAUUGAUCUCACGUUUGAUGUACGAUACUGCUUCGCUUUGCCGCAUUCAUUCGCACUUGAUUUUCAGAUGUUGCGCUUUUUUUGCUUUGAUUCCGUUCUUGACUGUAUUCAUGACACUCAUCAUAUCUCGAUCGCAGCCUAGUGCUUAUUGUUUUAGGACCCACUCAAACUGUAUUAUUUGUCUCUGUGUAUUGCUGGCAGUUGCUUUGUGUGGGAUGUUGGGAAGUAUCUAACAUGCUAACUUGAGCCAUUCAUCUUAUUGAGCAAAUUUUCUGGUGUACUGUGGUUAUACAAUAUAGAUAGCGUGUGUUACACCUGGGUAUAAUAAGCUAAUUGCGUUUUCGGUGUGCAUUUCUUAUUAACACUAUACUAAUCCUGCAAAUGACUAUAACAUGUAUCUGAUUGGACUGAAGCAGGCUAGUCUUACUAUUAAUACUCUUUCAUUUCGUGCUCUCACUGGCCUUACCCUAUGCCCUCCACAGUGUACCCCAUUACUCCAGAGCGAACUGGACAGUAGCCAUAGUAUUAACUCAAGCUGAUGAACCGGAAUGAACAGUAGAAGUUAAAGCACAAGCUUUUUAAUGCAUGUCCUUCUCAGGUUUUCCUAUGUGUAUGUGGGAGUAGCUCUGUAGAUGUGUUUAAUAUGAUGCUGUACCUUCUUGAAUAUUUCAGAUGUUUCUUUGCUGCUGAAAAAAUGUUGAUUAUUAACCUGCCAGUGAAAAAGGGAAGUGGCCAUCUUUGUACAACACACUGCUGUUUUGCUGUAACCGCGCAAUGUUUUAUGAUCUUGAGUAUUUUAUAGAAAAGUAGAAGUAUGUAUCAAUAAUAUGAAAGCAAUAGCUAAAUCAUAAUGAAGAAUAACAUGAUCAGUGAAUAUUGUGGAAAAUCUUUAGAUUCACUCUGGGUGGAUUUUGUACUGUAUUUAUUACUAAUGAUGAUGCAAAAAGUUGCAUAGCUUAACCCAAACUGUUCUGUCUCUUUUUUAUUUAUUGUCUUGUAUAUGAUCUUUUUGUAUGUGUUUUUCAAUAAACUGCCUAAAAUGCUGACAA